AUGUGCCACUUUCAGGUCUCCUCACACUGCUGGUGUGUUGAAUUUUUUGACAUAGGGUGCUGGCAGAUUACGGGCCUCCUAUAGCUGCUGCCAGGCCCCUAAUCUGCCAUGGGCCCCUAUACCGCCUCCUCAUGCUGCUGCCAGGUCCAGAGUCUCUCAUGGGUCCCUGUACGGCCUCCCAUUGCUGCUGUCUCCAUCGCCACACUCUGCCAUGUGCCACUUUCAGGUCUCCUCACACUGCUGGUGGGUUCCAUUUUGUCAUAGGGUUGCUGUAUGGCCUCCCAUUUCUGCUGCCUCCACCGCCACACUGUGGCUCCAAACACUGGUUUUGGCCCCGUGACUGCCCAAAUGUGUGAAGUGUGCGGUGAUUCUAAGAUCGACGGCACUUAUCUGCAUGUCAUACUGACUGACAGUAUUAUUUCUCUUCCCAGCAGACUCCAAGGGCAUUUAAAUUAAAGGUACAGUGUUCUGCACUAAUAUUA